CGGACAGUCUCGCCCGGCAGGCGGAACGCACCUUCUCGUUCUGUGGGACCAUCGAGUACAUGGCACCGGAGAUCAUCCGGGGAAGCAGGUCCGGCCAUGGGAUGUCAGUCGAUUGGUGGAGCCUGGGGAUCCUGAUGUUCGAGCUGCUGACCGGAGCGUCACCGUUCACCCUCGAGGGGGAGAAGAACAGUCAGGGAGAGGUGUCCAGACGGAUCCUCCAGGCCGAUCCGCCGCUGCCCCCAGAGGUUAGCUCGGUCUGCCGAGACCUGAUCCAGAAGCUGCUCAUCAAGGACCCAAAGAAGAGGCUGGGCUCGGGUCCCAAGGGCACCCUGGAGAUCAAACGACACCCCUUCUUCAGGGGCCUCAGCUGGGACGACCUGCUGGCCAAGAAGAUCCCGGCGCCCUUCAAGCCAGUCAUCCGCAGCGAGAUGGAUGUGGGCAACUUCGCCGAGGAGUUCACGGAGAUGGACCCCACCUACUCACCGGCCAGCGUGCCGCACAGCGGCGACCGCAUCUUCCAGGGUUAUUCGUUCAUCGCCCCCUCGGUCCUGUUCGACCGCAACGCCGUGAUGUCGGAGCCCCUGGAGAUGCAGCUGAGUGCCGAGUGUCCAGACCACAUGGCCGUCGCACGAAGCGCCAUGAGCAAGGACUCUCCCUUCUUCCAGCACUACGAGCUGGACAUGCGGACGGAGCCGCUGGGGACCGGCAGCUUCUCCAUCUGCCGCAAGUGUCGCAGCAAGCUGAGCGGGCAGGAGUUUGCCGUCAAGAUCGUCAGCAGGAGGAUGGAGGGACACAUUCAGCAGGAGAUCGGCGCCCUGAAGCUGUGCGAGGGUCACCCCAACAUCGUCAAGCUCGCUGAGGUCUUCCAGGACCAGUUCCACGCGUUCCUGGUGAUGGAGUUGCUGCGGGGGGGCGAGCUGCUGGAGCGGAUCCGCCACCGGAAGCACUUCAGCGAGCUGGAGGCCAGCCGGACCAUGAGGAGCCUGGUGUCAGCUCUCAGUCACAUGCACGAUGCUGGCGUGGUGCACCGCGACCUGAAGCCCGAGAACCUGCUCUUUGCCGACGAGACAGACAACGCCCCCAUCAAAAUCAUCGACUUCGGUUUCGCUCGUGUCCGACAACCCGACAGUCAGCCCCUGCAGACCCCCUGCUUCACCCUCGAGUACGCAGCACCCGAACUACUCAAACAGGAUGGCUACGACGAGUCCUGUGACCUCUGGAGCCUGGGGGUCAUCCUGUACACCAUGUUGUCGGGACACGUCCCGUUCCAGAGCUCCCGGAAGGGAAUGUCGUCGACCAGCGCUGCCGAGAUUAUGCGGAAGAUCAAGGGCGGAGAUUUCUCCUUCCACGGAGAGGCGUGGAAGAACGUCUCGGAGGGGGCCAAGGACAUUGUACGAGGCCUGCUGACAGUCGAGCCCUCCAAGAGGCUGAAGAUGUCGGACCUGCGGCGGAAUGACUGGCUGCAGAACGGGAGUCAGCUUUCCUCGGUGCCGCUGAUGACGCCGGACAUCCUGGGCUCCACGGGACCCUCCGUCAACACCUACUUCAAGGCCACCUUCCUGGCGUUCAACAAGUGCAAGCGGGAGGGCUUCCUGCUGAAGAGCGUGGACAACGCACCGCUGGCCAAACGCAGGAAGCUGAAGCUGAGCGCGGGCCCGGAGGCGCGGAGCUCCAGCGACAGCUCGUCCUCGUCCUCGUCCUCCUCCGUGCAGCCCAGCGCCGCCUCCCAGCGGGCGGGCAGGCACAAGCGGCCGGGGCCGGUCACCCAGCCCUCGUAGCUGCUGGCAGCGGACGGUGGGGCGGGGCGGGGUGGGGUCCUGACCCCUGGACCCUGUGAAGCUUCCGGACGCACUGCCAAGGUCAGGAGUUAAGCUGACAGCGGCCGUGGGAGAGGAACGUUUGCCUUCGUCCCGGACUCCGGUCGGAUCCGGUGUGGGCGGGGGAGAUCCACCACAGCAAGGACCAUUAUGGCUGCCGUUUAUGGUCUGAAACGGGCCCUUUGGUCUGUCGAAUCCCUGCUGACCCCUCCACCGGUUCCCGUUUCUGUUCGCCCCACGAUUCCGAGAUUCCGCCCCUCUCCCGGGGCAAUUCACUGUGGCCGACGUACCCACUGUGACCUUAGUCACAGAGUGCCCUUCAGCCCAUCUCCUCGGAGCCUGCCUGUGUUUGGUCAGCGUCCCUCUAAUCCUCUCCCACCCAUCUACCUGUCCAAGCAUAUUUUAAAUGUCGUAAUCAUACUCACCUCAACCACGUCCAUAAAACACGCCUCAGGUCCUUUUUAAAUCUUCUGCCCCCUCUCCUUAAACCAGCUUUACACUCCUCCCGGGGAAAGACUGACCACCCACUUUAUCUACACCCCACUAAACCUCUGUGAGGUCACCCCCCCCCCCCAGCCUCUUUCACUCCAGUCCCAGCCAAUCCAUCCCCCCCCCCGUCCCCGACUCGAGCCUUUUAGACCCUGUGGACAUUUCCUGCAUCCUCCCCAGCUCAGUCAUAACUCCUGGGACGUAGGAGGUGCCGGAUGAAACCCAGACUCACGAGGAGAACCUGCAAACCACACAAUCUCGCUCUCUCUCCCUCUCCCCCUCCCUUUCUCUCCCCUCCCCCUCUCCCUCAUUCUCUCUCCCUCUCCCCUCUCUCUCUCUUUCCCUCUCCCCCUCCCUCUCCCUCUCCCCCCCUCCCUCUUGCUUCCCCUCUCUCUCCCCUCCCCCUCUCCCUCAUUCUCUCUCCCUCUCCCCUCUCUCUCUCUUUCCCUCUCCCCCUCCCUCUCCCUCUCCCCCCUCCCUCUUGCUUCCCCUCUCUCUCCCCCCCCCCCUUCCCUCUCUCUGUCUCAACUGGAACUGCCCCUGCUCAGUCUCACCCGUGAUCAGACAGUAUGGCACAGCGACAGGCCUUUGGCCUAACGUCCUUGCCAGCAAACCAAUCUGCUGCUUAAAGGCCUAACUCAACGAAUUCCUUCUGCCUUCACAGCAUGCGUAUCCCUCAGUUCUGUGUAUUCACGUACCUACCAAAGGGCCCUUUAAAUAUGCUUCCCCCCACCACCCCUUUGAAACAUCCUGCCCACACAUACCUCCGUUCACCUCCAACGUGCGCCACCCGGUCUUGGACGCUUCGACUCGGGGCAAACGUGUCUGGUUUAUCCGUGCCGGGUUUCCAACGCUCACGGAGAGCACAACCCCGGUUUGGCCAACCCCCUCCCCGCUACCCAAGCCCUCCGACCCAGGCCCCAGUGGGCCUCUUCUGCCCCCUCUCCCAAGCAGGGACAGGAGAGGGCGCAGCCCGGCAGCGGCGGCCUCACCCGAGCUCCGUCGGGUCCCGCCGGAUGUGCGGAAAUCCAGAGCGACGCACGCGCGCGCACAAAAUGCCGGAGGAGCUCAGCAGGCCGGGCAGCGACCUGGGAAACGGAGAAGCAGUCGUCGUUUCGAGCCCAGGGCCUCCACUGGCACCCAUCAACUGCAGGUUUACCAUUACACUUAUUCCGGCUUUCACUGGUCACCCAUUUCAAUUCGACCGGCGUUUCUCCCUGAGGCCUGCACCUCGUUCUCCUUCCAAGGCAGCCUCCAACCCGGCGGCAUGAACUUGGAUUCCUCCAGCUUUGAGUCAUUUCUCCCCCUUGUAUCGUCCGUCUCCUUUCAUUCUGCAUUCUGUCUCCUCCCCCUUGCCCCGUCUGCUCGACUGCCCGUAACCUCCCUUUCUCCCAUGGUCCACUCUCACUGCCCGGGGAUAUUUGACUCCACUAACACCCCCCUCCAUUGCGAAAGACCACCCCCACCGGGAGCCGAGACGGGGACCGGGGAGCGCGGUUAUCAAGCAGUGGGGGCUUCCUGCCUGCAUUUCCCCUGGCCGGUUGUCCCACAAGGGCUGUGUGCUAAGAUUGUAAAACUGCUCAGUAACACUGUAAAUAAAUGAUCGUUGUACGACG